AUUAUUAUUAAAAGUGAAAUAUUAGAGGAUAAUGUUACAAUCCAAGAUGGGCGAAUUAAAAAUGAAAUACAAGAAGAACACAGCAAUGAUGUGGAUAGUGUUGUGAGUGUAAAACAUGAACCUGUGAGUGAUGAAAAUGAUAAACAAUUGUUCACAACUAAUUAUGAAAAUAUUAAACUUGAACAAGAAUCACAUACAGAAGUGUUUAUUAAAAGUGAAAUAUUAGAGGACAAUGAAAUACAAGAAGAAGGCAGUAAUGUAAUUAAUAGUGAUAGUGAUUUAGGAAAACAAACAUUUUCAUGUGAUGUUUGUAAUAAAACAUUUACUCAUAAAAAUUAUUUAGUUACACAUGAACGUAUUCAUAGCGGAGAAAAGUCAUUUUCGUGUGAUGUUUGUAAUAAAACAUUUAAACAGAAAAGUUCUUUAAUUAGACAUGCGCGUAUUCAUAGUGAGGAAAAACCAUUUUCAUGUGAUAUUUGUAAUAAAACCUUCCAUCAAAAAACUUCUUUAAUUACACAUGAACUUAUUCAUAGCGGAGAAAAACCAUUUUCUUGUAAUAUUUGUAAUAAAAAAUUUGCUCAUAAAACUUCUUUAAUUACACAUGAACUUAUUCAUAGUGGAAAAAAACCAUUUUCAUGUAAUAUUUGUAAUAAAACAUUUAUUUGGCAAAAUCAUUGUAAUAAAACAUUUACUCAUAAAACUUCUUUAAUUACACAUGAACUUAUUCAUAGUGAAGAAAAGCCAUUUUCAUGUAAUAUUUGUAAUAAAACAUUUAGAUAUCAACAUAAUUUAGUUAUACAUGAACGAAUUCACAGUGGAGCAAAACCAUUUUCAUGUAAUAUUUGUAAUAAAACAUUUAGUCAACGAAAUACUUUAGUUAGCCAUAGACGGGUUCAUACUGGAGAAAAACCAUUUUCAUGUGAUGUCUGUAAUAAAACAUUUAGUCAACAAAGUUCUUUAGAUAGUCAUAGACGGAUUCAUAGUGGAGAAAGACCAUUUUCUUGUACUAUUUGUAAUAAAACAUUUACUUAUAAAACUUCUUUAGUUACUCAUGAACUUACUCAUAGUGGGAAAAAACCAAUUGCUUGUAAAAUAUGUAAUAAAACAUUUAUGUGGCAAAAUCAAUUAGUUAUACAUGAACGCAUUCAUAAUGGAGAAAAACCAUUUUCAUGUGAUAUUUGUAAUAAAACAUUUAGUCAAAAAAAUUCUUUAGUUAAACAUAGACGAAUUCAUAGUGGAGAAAAACCAUUUUCAUGCGAUAUUUGUAAUAAAAAAUUUCUUGAACAACGUUCUUUAGUUCAUCAUGAACGCAUUCAUAGUGGAGAAAAACCAUUUUCAUGUACUAUUUGUAAGAAAGCAUUUACUCAUAAAAGUUCUUUAAUUACACAUGAACGCAUUCAUAGUGGAGCAAAACCAUUUUCUUGUAAUAUUUGUAACAAAACAUUUAGUCAACAAAGUUCUUUAGAUAAUCAUAGACGGAUUCAUAGUGGAGAAAAACCAUUUUCAUGUAAUAUUUGUAAUAAAACAUUUAGAAAUAAGAAUUCAUUAGUUCUACAUAAUAAGAAUCAUCAUAGUGGAAUUUGUAAUAAAUGAUUUAUUGUUAGAAGUAAUAGACCUUUUUCACAUUUUUUUUUCUUUUUGAUGUGAAACAUCGAUAGCCGCACGUAAAACCGAUUUCUAUAUGUUGGUAUAUAUAUAUAUAUAUAUAUACGGUCUAUAUGCAGUAGUGUGUAGACAGUAGUAGUAGCUAUAUGAUGUAUAUAUAUAUACAGUCUAUAUGCAGUAGUGUGUACAAUAGAUGCUGUAUUUAUUAGAUAUCUUGAUAAUGUUAUGUCCAAUACUUUUGUAAUAUACUUCAGUUACCAUCGACCAAUUGUCACAGUAAUACCGUCCUCAGAGGCAACAUCGAAUAUAACUAUUACCGAGAAGUCACUGAUUAAACGAAUUAAGUAGUCACGAUUUGAAAUAAAUUCGUAAAUUUUUGUAUUUAAUGAAAAUAAAUGUUUAUUCAAUAAAUUUGGAAAAAAAACC